GACCUGCAAUCCCAUUACCAGAUCAUGGAGGAAUAGUGCCAAAAAUGGAGGAACAGUACCGAAGAUCAUGGAGAAGAUCAUGGAGGAGGUUACCAGCAUCGAAGGGAACAAAAACAGAGAGAAGAGAACAGUUCAAGGCCUGCCCAACACACACACAGACUGCCCAGAGCAUGUUUUUCAGCUUUUAGACUGCAUUUUCCAGAUUUCAGCAUUAGUUUCCAGAUUUUCCAGAUUUUCCAGAUUAGUUCAUAGCAUUAGCCUAGAAGCGUUUGGAGCCAUGCCACCGAGAAAGAGCAAAGACAAAGAGGUUCAGCCAGCCCAGGUUGAACAUGCAGAUGACAGUCCAUGCCAAUUUGAGGGUGAAAAUGAUCCCAUCACUUUUCUCCCAGUGUCACCUCUGGCAAAACGAUCUUAUGGGAAUCCGGUAUUUAAGGAAAAAAAGGCAGACCGUGGGGGUGACUUUGCUGAAUCAAGUAAUAUGUUUAGAGGUAUGAUGGAACGUCUGGAUUUAGCAUUCAAAGAAAAGAACCAGACUAGGCAGAGACUGGUUGAGAGUCAAGCAGAAUCCUCCAGACGUCAGGAAGAGAUAUUUAGACAAUGUAUGGAAGACAUGAGACGGGUCUUUGAGGAAGGCACUAGGGUGAUGCGAGAAACUGGGGAAGAAAGUCGCAGAACACUACAGGCUGUUUCAGAACAAGUGGUUGAGCAAGUGCGACAGCCCAGACCUGAGAUUCCUCUUCCAGUUGUUGAAAUGCCCAAACAGAUUCAAGAAGCCCCAAGCCCAGCACUCGGGGGGGAAGGGAAUCAGCCUUAUCCUAACAUUCAACAGCAGAAUUUCUUCAUGGGUGAAGGACAAAGACAGCAUGAACCAAUUGAGGCUGCUGCUCCUGUUGCAGACCGUGGCCAUCAACCUCAGCAUAGAUAUGUUCCGCUAGGUAGGAGGGGAAAUAAUCAACCAGCUCAAUUCUUCAAUAGAGACCAUGGGCCAGCCUUGAGGCCAUUGGAAAAGAUUGAUAAGGACAUAUUGAGAUUUCCAAACAAAGCGAAGGAAACCAUGGGAGUGGAUGCAGACCCUUUUCCAGCUGUGUCUGUCGGCAUGAAUGUUGCAGACCUCAGGAGUGUUGCCAGAAAUCGUAGUCUGCCUUAUACUCAAAGGAACCUUGCUGCUGAAGACUUGAGGAUUAUUGUGACCAAGAACUUCAGUCCAGAAGGUGCCAGACGUUACUCAACUGGUACCAGAUCUCUAAGGAUGGUCAAACCGCCACUUAAGUCACCUUCCAGAUGGUGGGAGAAAGUCAGUCAUCCUAAGUUUCCAACCCAGAAUCCCAGAACCUUAAGGCGCAGACUGCAACGCAAGAGGGCUGAAAAGCGGAAAAGGCAACAGCAGCAGAUGGAGGUUGAGGGAAGUUCAUCUCGCAGACCACGCCAGCCUAUAAAAAGGAACAUGGUGUGGGUGGCAUCUGUUAUUGUGAGUCCAGACGGGGUUUUGAAAGCAACUUUUGAAGCACAAGAACAGUCUGGGAAUCGUGGAGCUGAAUCAAAAGAAGAUGGCACUAUUCAUUUUGGGGAAUUCUUAGUGAAUUUGUCAUGUCUGGUGCUGACGUUACCCUUGGUUUUCCAAGCCAAGAAGGAGGAGGAACCAAUCGUCUGUGAGUUCCCAGAACAGACAGAAGAAGAGGUAAUUGUUGUUCCAGCUCAGGAUGAUGAGGAGGAGGACAUGGCUGACAAAAUUGUGUUUGAAAAACCGGAAGAAAAGAUGGCUAGACACAUUAGGCCACUUUAUAUCAAUGCCCACAUGGAUGAGACUCUAAUCAGCCGUGUCUUGGUGGAUAAUGGAGUUGCAGUCAAUGUCCUUCUAACUUGCAUGCUCUAUAAAAUAGGCAAAUCUCUUGAUGAUUUAGUGCAUACUGAGGUUACAAUUAGUGAUUUUACAGGAGGGGUGAAUUGUUCAAGGGGUGUGCUGCUUGUUAAAUUAAUAGUGGGAAAUAGGACACUGAUGUCUGCAUUUUUUGUGGUGGAUACUGUUGCUACUUAUAAUGCACUUUUGGGGCGUGACUGGAUUCAUUUAAAUUGGUGUGUCCCUUCUUCACUCCACCAGAAACUGAUUUUCUGGAAUGGUGGCAAGGCUGAGGUCGUGUCUGCAGAUGAUAAACCUUUUUUAGCCAACACUCACUUGGUGGAGGCUAGAUAUUAUGAAGAAGACAUUGGUACCAUUCGGUUUUUUGGGAUGGAUAGACAUGGGAAACCGAUUAGGAUAACAGCAUGCAGCAGACUGUCUUUGUCUAAGUGUGCUGUAGAGGAAGAAAGAGAAAAGGUCGUGUUGGAGAUAACAAAGAAAUUAGCGACCUAUUUUGCUGAAAAAGCAGUUCAAGUAGACAGGUCUGAAAUUGUUUAUGAAGGUGAGGAGGCAGACCGAGGUGAUGAAAUAACUUUGGAGGAGCUGGAUUUGGCCCCAGCGAAAUUGGAUGAUUUAAAAGCUGAAGUUCAAGACCCACUGGAGGAGAUCAAUCUAGGGUCUGAAAGUGAACCAAAGGUAACAUUUAUCAGUGGCUCUCUUGAGCCGCAGACACGAGAUCAAAUUGUCAGACUUUUGCAUGAAUUUAAAGAUUGUUUUGCUUGGGAUUACUCAGAAAUGCCAGACGCAGACGUUCCUAAGACAGCCUUUCGAUGCCCAGGUGCUGUUGGAACUUUUGAAUGGGUUGUGAUGCCAUUUGGUCUGAAGAAUGCUGGAGCUACUUACCAAAGAGCCAUGAAUGCAAUUUUUCAUGAUAUGAUUGGUAAAUUCAUGGAAAUCUAUAUUGAUGAUGUUGUGAAGGCUGUCAAAGGGCAAGCACUGGCAGACUUUCUUGCAGAUCAUCCAUGUCUGGACGUGGAAGCAGAUGAAGAAAAAGGGAUUAACUUGUUUUCAAUAAGUUUAGUUCCUUGGAAACUUAUUUUUGAUGGGUCUAGUACAGAAACCAUGUCUGGAGCUAGAGUCGUGGUAAUUUCCCCGUCUGGGCUAAAAACACAGAUGUCUUUCCAGCUGGAUUUUGAUUGCACAAAUAAUCAAGCAGAAUAUGAAGCUUUGAUUAUUGGUCUUGAGAUGUUGGUGGAGCUUAGAAGAAGUUCAACGAAAAUGACACCUUUUGCCUUGACAUAUGGCCAUGAUGCAGUCUUGCCAAUGGAGUUAACAGCCAAGUCUUUAAGAAUAGCAAUUCAGCAUAAUCUCCAGUCUGGAGAAUAUGAUGAGGCCAUGAUGCUUGAGCUUGAGGACCUUGAAGACACACGUUUGACAGCUUUGGAUAGAUUGCAAGCUCAAAAACUCAAAAUUGCAAAGUCUUACAACAAGAGGGUAAAAGGUAAAAAUCUGGUAGUUGGUGACUUGGUCUGGAAAGCAAUUUUACCUCUUGGCAAGAAAGAUCACAGAUUUGGGAAAUGGUCUCCAAAUUGGGAAGGACGAUUCCGAAUUCAUGAAGUGUUGAGAGGGGGUGCUUAUUGGUUAGAGUCACUUGAUGGAGAGCUUCAUCCCAGAAAAAUCAAUGGAAUUUAUCUCAAGCUUUAUUACCCCACAGUCUGGGAGGCAAGAGGCUUAGAGUCCCAAGAAGCUGUCUGAACCAGGUUCAUAUUUCUGUCUGUGCAUAAAUAAGUUGAUUUGCU